UCGAAAGUGAGACCGACGUGACGUGAUGUCUUCCUUCAAGGACGAUAAAGCGCCGUGUGCCCGACUCUGCCACAUCGUCAAGUGGGAUGAUUUCAAUGGUUACGGCUUCAAUCUGCACGCGCAGAAGGGCAAGAACGGUCAGUUUAUCGGCAAGGUGGACGAGGGCUCGCCGAGCUUGGCAGCCGGUCUGCGCCAGGGCGAUCGGAUAGUCGAGGUUAACGAGAUCGACAUCGCGAACGAAACUCACAAUCAAGUGGUCGAGCGUAUCAAGGCGUUCGCCAAUGAGACUAAGCUGCUAGUGGUUGACCAGGAGGCCGAUGAUUACUUCAGGGAAAACAACAUCGUCAUCAAGGGUACUAUGUCAAACAUCAAAGUGAUCAAAACGCCGGAGAGAAAUCCCAACAUCGUGGAGGAGCAUAAUGAAGAUGGCUCCGUUGACGAGAGCACGCAGAAGUCUAUCGAUUCUAAUGACACGGGACACAGCGACAGUACCACCGUUCUGCAGACGACGAACGAUGAUAAAGAGUCCAACAUGCGGGAAAAUGGCAAUGGCAAUAUGAACCACGUGCACGGUACGGGUAAUGGCACCCUGGGGGAUGGCGCGAACAACAGCGAGCCUCGAUCCUUGAACCUGACGAUGAGCGCGAAGGAGCUCAGGGAGAUGCUGGCACAGCGCAAAAAAUACGACCCGAAGAAAGAAUCGAUCGGCUUCAAGGAUAAAUUCGACAUCGUGCAGAAACUGUAGACGCAUUCUCGUGCCUCUCCUGUGACUCGGUAAUCCUUCAUUCCUUUAUUCCUUCCUUUCCCGUCGUCAUCGCCGUCGAGCGCUCCACGACGACGAUGAUGGUUUUCUUCCUACAGUAUAACGCAUUUUGUUGUAACCGAUCAAAUUGUUGUCGUUAUAAUAAAUACACGGUUGUUUAGAUUAUCGUGGAUGUUAAGCAUUGACGUCGAUAUCGUAACAUAAAUACAUUUAUUUGCAGCGAUAAACGGUGCUGCGAAGAUUAGGAUAACGAAGGGAGGCAACGCUGUUUG